CGCCAGCCAGCCAACCAGCCAGCCAGCCAAUGCCGCGGACGCCCUGGGAAUAGUGAGGGAGAGAGAGGCGGCGGCGCAGAGGCGGUAGAAGCAGCGGCGGCGGCAGCUGGGCUGCAGGGAGGGAGCGAGCGAGUGAGCGAGCGGGCGACCGAGCGCUCUCCUAACUGGGCUCCGGCAGGGAGCUCCUCCGGCCGGCUGGCCCGCACCAUGGCCACAGCAGCAGCGACUGCAGCGGGGCAGCCUGAGGUGCCGGAGGCUGGGAACUGGGGCGGAGGGCGCUGCAGCGCGGCGCCUCUCACUAUGCACCAGUCCCUGACUCAGCAGCGCUCCAGCGAGGUCUCGCUGGCCGAUUCCAUGGGUACCUUCAACCGAAGGAAACGGAAUUCCCUCUACGUCACUGUGACGCUGCUCAUCGUGUCAGUGCUGAUCCUGACUGUGGGUCUGGCUGCCACCACCAGGACCCAGAAUGUCACCGUUGGAGGGUACUACCCUGGAGUUAUUCUUGGAUUUGGAUCAUUUCUCGGAAUCAUCGGCUCAAACUUAAUUGAAAAUAAAAGGCAAAUGUUGGUAGCGUCCAUUGUCUUCAUCAGUUUUGGCGUGAUUGCUGCUUUCUGCUGUGCUAUUGUGGAUGGUGUGUUUGCAGCCCGGCAUAUCGAUCUGAAACCUCUUUAUGCAAACCGUUGUCACUACUAUUCCAAGACAUCCCAGAAGGAGGCUGAGGAGGUGAUCUGCCUCCCUGCAAACCAGGGCUAUUGUAAAUCCCGAAUUCGAGGCAAUACUUGCUUUUGCUGUGACCUCUACAACUGUGGCAACUCCCCCAGCACUAUUCCUGGAAAGAAGUCCAAGAAGAAAAAUGUCGGGAGAAAAACGACCAGCCGAGUAGAGAUCACUGGAGGUUACUAUGAAUACAUUGAUGUUAGCAGUUGCCAGGAUAUCAUUCAUCUGUAUCAUUUGCUCUGGUCAGCCACCAUCUUGAAUAUUGUGGGACUAUUCUUGGGAAUCAUCACUGCAGCCAUCCUUGGAAGUUUUAAAGAUAUGACUCCAAACAUUCAACCUAUGGACUUAUCGGUUGAGAGUGCACAUCCAACAGUUUCCUAUUACUCACGUCCAGAAAUACCUGCAUACAAUACCUACUACCAUACUUCGCCUGAUCUACCACCAUAUUCACCUUAUGAUUUUCAGCAUCCCAGUGUCUUUCCGGGCUCAAAUCCACCUGCUGUUUCUGAGGAGCCCCAAUCCAACUCUCCUUCUCCAAGCUACAUGUGGUCCUCCAGUGAGCCACCACAGUACUCCCCACCAUAUUACUCGCCUUUUGAGAAGCCACCUCCAUAUAGCCCAUGAUGAAGAACUCCUGGCCACCACUGAGAUCAUGGAUGUCUGUAUUGCCGUAUGUAGCACUGGCUGAGUAAAGGUGUGAUCCUUCCAUCACUAGCCCUCCAGCCUCAUAAUCUCAUUAUUUCUCAGUGCAGAAGUGGGGUGACCAGGUGAAACCCAGUGCUUCUCUCCAUUUCACUGAGAUCAGUUUGUCCUCUCUCUGCAACCAUGCAGGGCAGAGGAUGUGGGCAGUCGCAAGGACUUGGCAUGCUGCCACCUCACCAUUCUCCCACUGCAUUCAUUGCAAUCAGCAACCACCAAAUUGGUAUUUUUCAUUUUUAUACCAAUUUGCCAUAGCCCUUGGCCAUACAACUGAAACACCCAGAUUGGAGGCCCCACCCAAUGUUCCCUUCCUUCAACCAGUCAAAGUCCCAAGGAGAAAAGUUCCCAGCUGAUGGGGCUUUACAUAGUUCUUGAACUCUCCAGAGUGUUGCAGAAAUUCAGCUCAGAACCUAUUGUUGAUACCUCUUAAGGGAAAAGUGCAAUAAUAGUUCCUCAUCUUCAUUUAGUGGGGAAAUCAGAAUUUGUUCACAAACCAUUCAGACAUACAGUGAGGUUUUUUUUUAGAGGGGGUCCCCAAAGCAGACUCAUGAACCUAUGAAUCUCAUACAUUUUGCUUCAAUGCAAAAAUACACUUGCUGGAAGUACACAUCUUACUUGGGUGAAAUUUUGUGUGUUACUGUUAGUGAUUGAUUUGUCUUGGAUUGUUAGUAAUUUGUUGUGAUCUCUGUGGCUAUUUAAUCUUCUACAACUGGGCUGGCUGAGCAUUCUAACAAACUUCUCACAUUCUGCAAAACAGCAAAAAGAUCAUUCCAUCAUGUCAGGCUCCUGUCUGGCCUCUGUAAAAACUGCAACACCGUCCAUCAUCUCGCUCAAUUUCUAAGUAUUAUAGUAGGUGUAAAGCAUCUGAGCAGCUUUUAGAUGUAUUCUAAGCUUUAAACCACACUAGUAAAGGUCAAAUAAUAGAUAUGUAUAUGGUGCUUACAGCUUUACAUACAUUAUUCUGUUUGAUUCUCGAACACCCAGGGUGAGGCUGCCUCCCACUUUACCAAAUUGAACACCUGGUCCUCCACCAAAUAAAGACUUUCAGUGCAAUUAAACAACAGCAAAAAAGAACAACUUUCCCAGCCUUCAAGGAGUGUAUAUUCUAAUUGGGGGAUUCAACCUAUGCUAGGAAAGAGAGUGCUAAAGGAACAAUUUGAUAAUCCUACAUUUGGGAAUUAUAAAACAGAAGGGCCAAAGAAAAAUUGAAUCCUUUGGUACAUAGGUCACAUUUUCCCCAAUUUGAUAAAUGAUCAAUAUUAUUAGAGCAGGCUAGGGGUCUAGAGGUAGUAGACAGGUGCUGGUUAUCCAAACAAAUAGAUAUUUGUAGACACCUAGCCACACAAUUCCUCAAUGCCUUUAAAAUGCACUCAAUUGCUCAGUGCAUCUCUUUGGAAAACAACUAUUAGCGUCAUUAGUUUUGUCAUCCAUAUUUAGGGUCUGAAAAAACAUAAUUCUUAACAAAAUUGCUGUUUAUUUUUUGCAAAUCUAAGCAUGAGAGGGGAUUUCAUUGAAUUCUAGGUAGAGAAUAUCCUAAUUUAUCUUGCUACUCUAUACUAUUAACUUGUUAAAUGAUCAUUGGCUUUUCUGUUUAUUUUUAAUACCAUCAUUUCAUUUGGAAACAAUACAAGAUGACUCAGUGUACCAUCACAUUUCUGCACACCAAAGUAUGAAGAGUAAAAGGAUCUCAUUUCUAUGUAUCUUUCUUACUUUCCAAAAUAACUGGAAAAUAAUGCAUUAUGGAUUUUCUAAGACUAAAUUAAUUUAAGCAGCUUUACCAGUAUUUAUAUUAUACUGAACUACAUAUAUAUAUAUAUAAAGUACAUGUUAUCAUAAGAGAUAUUAACUUAGCAAAAUAUUUGCAAUAAAGGAAUGUUCCCAAAAUAUGUAUUUUGAUUGCAUUUUGUAAUAUGUAAUGCCUUAUUCCUAACCCUGUAUUAAAGUGCUAAUGAUCAAGGCAUGAAAAUAUAAAGUAUUAAUCCAGAAUCUGUAUAAAUGGAGUGUUGCUUAAAAUCUGUAUCACUGCCAUGUUGAAAAUUGCUUUCUUUUGUGAUGUUUGACUAAUUCAACUAUCCUUUCCUUCUGCCCACCCCCCCUAAAAGAAAUUAAAAGUAUAAAUAUUCA